AUGGGACUGGGACUGGGAGUGGGAGUGGGACUUAAAGUGCCUCAAGUGGAGGCAAGUCAGCCGUGGCGAAGGACACCCGUCCAAAGGACAUCAAAGACGGCAACAACGGCGGCCAGAAUUUUCUCACGUUUGGAUAGUGUCGAGGAGGUGCAACGCGGUCGCAGUGGCAGCGCUGUGGGAAUAACGCCGCCGGGCGGACCAGGUGCGGCAUCUGCCGGUGUGGGAUCAGGAUCGGGAGCAGGAGCAGGAGCAGGAGCGGGUACGGUGGCAGCGGCAGUGGUGUCAACGGGUUCACCGGCCAGGAGUGGCCAGCAGCAGUACGUCGUUGGUGGCGGUGGCAUCGGCGGCAUCGGCGUCGGCGGCGGUGGAGGAGGCGUGGCGGGUGCGGCUGCUGUGGGCGUGGCAGGUGCAGGAGGCGUGGCAGCGGUACGACAACGCAGCGCCAGCACGGUGCUCGACAUCAAUUUGCCGCAGCGCAAAGUGUCCGUUGGCGGCGGCUUGGCCGGACCACCAUCUCCAGUUGUACGGAAUGGUUUCAGUGUCUAUGAUCCGCCGCAAUCAUUGAUUUCCAGCCGGCACGCCAACUUUAAUGGCCAGGGUGUGGUUGGGGGCGGGCCAGCAGCGCGGCAUCAGGCGGGCCACUCAUCGCAUCAUCAUCAUCUCAGCUAUCCGGGGGAGCAGCAGGAGCGGGAUUAA